AUGAAACGCCAAUGCGACGAGCUCAUGAAGCUUGGUCUCCAGGGAACCAGUAUCGUCUUCGCUUCUGGUGAUGGCGGUGUUGCUGGAAGCCACGGCGGGUGCCUGGGCUCCGACGGGGCCAUCUUCAAUCCCGCUGGACCUAGCACUUGUCCGUAUGCCACAGCUGUUGGCUCUACGGUUCUCCCCAAGGGUAGUAAGCCAGGUGAUCCAGAAGCCGCGACGGCCAGCUUCGCGAGCUCUGGCGGCUUUUCCAAUGUCUGGAAAGCGCCGCAGUAUCAAAAGUCAGCUGUAGAUAACUUUUUUGCCAAGCACGAUCCUGGUUUCAAGAGCUACUCUACAUCAGACGGCCUCAUUCCUAGCAACGGCGGCGGCGGGCUGUAUAACCAAGCAGGCCGUGGCUUCCCAGAUGUUGCUGCUGUUGGCGAUAACGACGCCAUCGUUCUAGACGGAAAGCCCACUUACAGCGAUGGAACAUCCAUGUCUAGCCCCAUCUUUGCUGCUAUUCUUACCCGAAUCAACGAAGAGCGUCUGAAUGCUGGCAAGAAGGUCAUUGGCUUUGCUAACCCGGCGCUCUAUAAGAACCCUAGCAUGUUCAACGAUAUCACAGUUGGUGACCAAGGUCCUUUCGGGUUGUGCGCGCAAAAGAGCUUCAAAACUGCGCCUGGGUGGGAUCCUGUGACUUGCCUUGGCACACCAAAGUACGCUGAGAUGCUAGCUUACUUUAAAUCGCUGUAA